UUGCCCGAAUCUCAUGAAGAAAAAAACAAGUAUAUCUUUUCCAGAGAAGCAGUUUUAGAAUUAACACACAAUUGGGGUACAGAAAAUGAUUCUAAUUUUCAAUAUCAUAAUGGUAAUCAAGAUCCUCGUGGAUUUGGCCAUAUUGCAAUUAGUGUUGACAACAUUGAAGCUGCUUGUGCUAGGUUUGAAAAAUGUGGUGUCAAGUUCAUCAAAAAGUUACAAGAUGGUAAGAUGAAUAAUAUCGCUUUUAUUAGUGAUCCAGAUGGAUAUUGGGUCGAAAUCGUUGCAUGUGGUGUAGAUGUGACUUGUUCUUCUAAACAUUAA